AUGUCCACCCAAGCAGCCCGAAGCAUCCCCUUCACACACACCACCCCCCAGCAAGGCUUCAAACUCCUCGAACUCUCCCCGGAACUAGUCGAAUUGGUCUCCUCGAAUGAAGCACCAACACUCGAACUAAAAUCGCCCCCUCCCUCACAAUCGCAAUCCGAAACGUAUUCGCAAUCCCAAUCCGAAUCCGACGAAGCCCGCGACUACGUCCACCUCUGCACACCCGAUAAAACCUACCAAGUCCGACAAGUCCAGUCUUCGAAUUCGCUACAUAUCCUGCGCCCAAGUACCAAUGCCGCUGUUGUAGAAAAUGCGAACGAAGACGAUAACAACGGCGACGAUGAUAUGGACAUGGACAUGAACCUGAACACGGAGACAAUGACAUCCAUUGCGAAAUGCGGCUCGACGCUGGAACUGUUUAUGCCGAAGGAGGGGUUUUCUGCGGUUCCGUUUUUGGUGAAGACACUGGGUUUUUAUUCGCGGGAUGAGGGGAGGGGGAAUGUGGAUGUGGAUAUGGUUGAUGAUGAUGAGGACGAGUACGCGAGAAAUGCGAUGAAUGCGCUUUUCGCGGAUAUUCCCGUCUCCAAGGCACAGUGUGAACAGGGCUGGGUGGAUCUUUGUGCGUUCGUCAUGCGCUCUAAUGCCAACGCAAACGUACCUGGUGUGAAUUGCUGGCGACCUUCUGCGAUGGUCAAAGUUGAUGUCUGGAAGGGAGUCGUGGAGGGUGCGGUGUUGCAGGGGAUCAACCUGGAGAAACAAUUCCUGGUGAAUGAUCUAUGGAAAUCGGUCCUCGAUGAUAAUGGCGAGGAACCAUUCCCGCGGGGUUUGUUCGGGGCAGUUGUCAGGAGGGUUUGUGAGGAUUCUACUGCUCCUGGGGAGGCUACUAGAUGGACGAGCAUUGAGAAACCCCGUUGUAUACAAUGGAUCGGCGAGACGUAUCUAGAGGCCAAAGCGCCCACUGUGACAUCUGCCCUCGGACGCAGCGAGUUUCUCAAUGCCUGGAAAGAUCAUCUUCCGGAGUCGUGGAGGAGCGAAGUUGCGCUUUCCAAGUUGCCUGAGGGAUCGUACAAGCUCCCUGAUCCGACGUCGAUCUGUUUCGUGCACGAAGGCGAUCGACAAAAGUUGAAGAAGAACCUAUCGACAGAUGCUAGCGCUGCUACUACGGCCAAGAAGUCCAGGAACUGGCAUGAACUGUUCAAGAACCAGCGACGGCGUUAA